AUGUGUCUUUUUAGAUGUCAAGAUGCCAGAUAUAUGGUUCUGACUCCAAAGUCGAUCCAGUCAUGUGUUCCGUAUUCAUUUAGUGCCCGAGCCUUUGGCAACCAUUCCUACACGUUGACGACGGAACUUCAACGUUCCUAUCGCGCGACUACAAUUUCUUCAAUUACCACUGAAAUAUUGCCAGGCGAUACAAACACCAUUACGUUACAGGUUCCUUGUAAUUUAAAUUCUGAUUAUUAUCUUAUUCUGACGGGUACUGGUGAAACUACGUUUAAUAAUCGUCAAUAUCUGAGGAUGUACAGCAGAGAUAUGGAAAUCAUCAUACAAACUGAUAAAAAGGUGUAUAAACCAGGGCAAACAGUAAAAUAUCGGGUAUUUGGUGUUCGCUCGGAUUUACAAGUGGUAUGUUCUAAUUAUACCGUUACUGUCACAGACCCCAAAGGAAACAAAAUUCAGUUGUACACUUCUGUUGGAGAUGACUAUUGUAUAGUUGAAAGGAAUUUAAAGCUGCCGAAGGAACCAAUAUUUGGAGCAUGGAAAAUAAAAGCGUCAGUAGAGAAAAUGGAGCAUACACAGACAUUUAAAAUUGAGAAAUAUGUUUUCCUAGCAAGGUUCUUCACUCCAUUGACUCACCCACAGUUUGCUUCCUUUCAAGUUUUACCUAAAGCUGAAGCUAAAGUUAUAAUGCCGUCUAUUGUAAGUCAGAAGGAUAACUCGAUUACAGUACAAGUUUCAUCUCAAUAUACGUUUGGUAAGCCAGUAAAUGGAUCUGCUAGAUUAAGGAUAAUUGUUAACUAUUAUCCUAAAUGGAAAUAUCAAAAAGAUCCAGAUACAGGAAAAUAUGGUUACGUUGAUCUGACCCAGCCUGAACUUAUAUAUGACAUGCAGUUGGAUGAAAAUGGGAAAGGUACUACUGUUAUUACAACAGAAGAAUUAAAGACAAUAGCCUAUAGAGGAUAUCUUUCCUACAAGACAAUAAUUGGUCAAGUAAAUGUGACUGAUGACGCAACUGAAGCGACGUACAUCUCUCCAACUAGUCAAAUUUCGGUGACUAGGACUAGAGAAAAGUUAAGCUUUGUUCCAAAUCCACAUAACUAUAAGCCUGCACUAGUUAACAGAUUCUAUAUUGAACUCAAGCAGAUUGAUGGCAAACCAGUUUUGAAACCAGGUAAUAUUAUUGUCAGUGCCAGGGUUAAAAUCCUCAUACCAGAAGAACCAGCUACAGAACCACCACCACCACCAUCCGAGAACUCGGACCACUCAUCCACGCCGCAAUAUUCUACAACUCCUGGCUGGGGCUAUGGUCUCUAUGGCUCCCAGCCUUGGUGGUAUGACCCUAACUGUAAGGAUCCACAAUAUAGAUAUGAAAAUUUACCAGUAAAAAAUUUGACUGUACCAGCUAACGGAUUAGUGACGUAUGAUUUAUUGGUGAAUGAAACCGAUUCUGUUGAGGUUUAUCUAAAGGUAAAUUAUGUAGAAGAUACUGACGUAUAUACAUCAAGGACUCUAACAUCUUUCAAAUCCCCGAGCAACACAUUCUUGUCUGUCUCUCUUAAAACUAACAAACCAGCGUCUGGACAAAAAGUUAACCUCGAACUCAAAGCUACUCGAGAAUUUAGCAGAGUUUAUUACACAAUUCUGUCUCGAGGGGUGCUGAUAACAGAAAAUUACCAAGAUUUCAGUACAACAAGUAAAUCUCAAAUUCUCAGCUUUUCCGUAACUAGCGAUAUGGCACCAAAGCUUAAAAUCAUAGUAUUUAUUAGAGUGGAAGAUAAAGAAAUUGUUGCUGAUGCUAUCUCAUUUAAUGUUGAGGGAUUUUACAAUAACAAGGUAUCAUUAAUGUUCGAUUCGGAUAAAGUAGAAACUGGAUCCAUAUCAACUCUCAGUGUUAAAGCUUACAGCAAUUCUAAUGUAUAUGCUGUAGCUGUUGAUAAAAGCACCACUUUACUUGGGGAAGCAUCAGAUGAUUUCAGCCAAGAGGUUGAAGGAUUCUUAGCAGUUGGUGGUGGGAAUUAUUAUAGAAAGAAGAGGGAAGCUCUCUUUAGAAAGAGGCGUGAAUCUGAAAAACGUUCUCGUACUAAACGAUCAGUAUGGUGGCCAUACACUUAUAGAACAUAUGGGAUCGAUGUUGAUGAUAUGUUCAGAUAUACUGGUUUAAAUGUUAUAUCUGAUGCUUUGGUCUAUAUAUAUCAACAACCAGAGCCAUGUCGGCGUUUUUAUGGACCACGAGCUGGGACAUCAGCUACUGAGGGUCCACAACAAUUACCACCAGGGCAGGCUCCCGAUGUUGCAUCCAGAAAUUCUGAUGAGGAAGAUUCUGCUAGAUCAUACUUUCCAGAAACAUGGAUUUGGGACUCACAAAAUGCUGGCUCUAUAGGGAUCGCCAACUUCACAUUAAAAGUACCAGACACUAUCACAACGUGGGUUGCCAGUGCUUUUGCUAUCAGUCUAAAUCCCUUAAUUGGAGUUGGUAUGACGUCAGACGUUGCUGAGCUGACAGAGUUUUUUGUGAUGUUAAAUCUGCCCUAUUCUGUUGUUAGAGGAGAAGAACUGGUUAUAAAAGCCAAUGUUUUUAACUAUCUUGGUUUUAAUACAGAGGCUGAAGUAAUGUUAGAGAAUCCAAAAGGAUUUGUUAUUAUUCAAGUUGAUGCUGACGGAUUUGAAGUCGAGUCCAUGGUAACAGAGACCACAAGAAUAAACGUACCUAUAGAUGGAGCUGCUACUGCUUAUUUUACUGUUAGAUUUCUGGAAGUUGGAUAUAUCGAUCUACAGGUUUAUGCGCGAACUGUUACAUUACAAGCUGGUGACAGGAUUUUGAAGCCAAUGUUCGUUGAGGUUGAAGGAAUACCACAAGAAUACAAUGAAGUAGUGAUUGUAGAAUUGGUUGAACAGAAUUAUUUCAAUAGAAGCGUAGAAGUAAUGUUGUACCAGAUUCAGAAAAAGUUGUCGUUACUGCUUAUGAAGUGCUGCUUAUUGUUAUUUGUAGGAGAUCCACUAAGCUCGGCUCUACAGGAUAUUGAAAAACGGAUCAAAAGGCCAUAUGGUUGUGGAGAACAGAAUAUGAUCAACUUUGUACCCAAUAUUUAUAUCUGGGCAUAUCUUCAUUGUACUGGACAAUUGACACCGGCUAUACAAACCAAAAUAAAGAAUUAUUUAGAAAUUGGUAUGCUAACAGCCUAUGUAGUAAGAACAUUCAGUGAAGCUCGUCAAUACAUCUAUGUUGAUGAAAAAAUAUUAGAGUAUGCUGUUAAUUACUUGAUAAAUAAUCAGAAUGAAGACGGUACCUUUAAUGAAUCUGGCCGUGUUUUUAGUAAAGCAUUAAAGGGCAGUUCAUUUGAAGGAAAUGGUUUGAAUGCCUUUAUUUUGAUUGCUCUUUCUGAAGUUUCUGAAAUAAUGCAGGGGCAAUUACAUUUUGCUAACAGCAUACACAUGUCUAUUCAACAACUAGAAACAGCAUCUAAAACAAUGACCAACAUAUAUGAUCUCGCUAUUACGGCUUAUGCUUUAUAUGUAGUUGGAAGUACGAAGUCAUCAAAUAUCUUACAGAAGCUGGAAUCUAUACAAACCACUGAAGAUGGUAUGGUAUAUUGGGAAGUUGUUAUUGAGGCUGACAGAGUUCAGUAUUACUGGAAUCCACCACACAAACAAAGUAGUCCGGUUAAUAUUGAGACUGCUGCUUAUGUUUUACUUACUUACUCUAAAAUGGGAGAAAAAGAAAAAGGUAUACCUAUAAUGAAGUGGUUACUUUCACAACAAAACAGCAAUGGUGGUUACUCCUCUACGCAGGAUACAGUGGUAGCACUUCAAGCUUUGUCACAAUUUGCUUGUCUAUUACAUGGUGGAAGUUACGAUAUAACUCUAAAUGUAUUUGCAAGCAGACAAAGUAGAACAUGGACUAUAUCAAAGACUUCCAGUGUAUUUAAAUGGGAGACUCGUGAAACCACUGAUAGUAUUGAUAUCGAGGCUUCAGGUACCGGUAGUGGAAUCGUCAUGAUAACUGUAAAAUAUAACAUUGAAGAACUGGUAGUCCAAUCGACUUGGGGGCUCAGUGUCGUAACAGAAUCUGAAACUUUGGAAGUUCUCGUGAUCAAAGUUUGUUUUGACUGGAAAGUUCUUAACCAGUCAAGUGGGAUGGCAAUAUUAGAAACCGUUUUAAUCAGUGGUUUUCGAGUAGACGAUUCUCAGCUUCAAAAUAAUAAACUUAUAAAGAGGAUGGAAUCAGACCAAAGAAAAUUCAUUCUCUAUUUCGAUGAGGUUGGGAAUACACCAAUGUGUUUAAAACUAAGACUAAUAAAAGGUGAAGUUGUUGGAAAAGUGAAACCAGGUUUUGUUACUAUAACAGAUUAUUAUAAUCCGGAGAAUAGUGUUACAGUCUCCUACAAGUCAUCUAUAGGUGAAAAUGCUCCGGUUUGUGCUCUGUGUCCACAAGGAGUCUGUGGUGAAUGUAAGGUUGGUAAGAAGAGAUAGAUAUAAUGUUAAUGUAAUGAUAUAAUUUCCUAAAACAUAAUCUAUAUUGACAAUAAAUUAUUCUGCAUCCCA